AUACGCAGCAGAAACAUUUCUACUGGCUCAUUAAUAUGGCAACCCAGGGAAAAACCUCUCCCGCACUAAGAGAUGAAGCAGUAAGGUCUCUGCAGCAGUAUGUCUCGGAGACACUUGAAUACAUUGAUACAGUGCGGAACUUCAGCGGUGGGCAUGCGAGUGGCUGGAGGCUGGCGAUGAACGCAGAAUUAGAUACACUGAAAAGAAUACUUGAAGAGCUUGAAGAAAAGAAAAAGAUGACAAAAGAUGAACAGCAGAAGACGCUGAGUACUGCGCUGAAGAACACUCUGGAAGGAGUGGAGAAGCUCACCUGCUUCCUGGAUGCUGUGGAGAAGCUCGCAGUAACUUCUCUGCCGGUGUUCACGGGUGGAGAAGAGGUGGUGAAGCUGUCUCUGGGGUUCAGCCUGGAGAGCGUGGAGGACAUCAUCUUAGCUGCCCAGCUGGUCUGUCCUCUCCUCCUGUGCUUCAGGAGAGAUGCUGAGGUCUUCUUCACGCCCAGCCUCCACAACUUGGCCGUCUUUGAGGCUGUGUUGGACAAAUACAUCCGCAUCACUAAGAUUAUCUGUGAUGUGUUCUGCUCUGCGAUUGACUUUGAGGACGAACGAGGUGAACCACCACAGGUUCAGCUGGCUGAGGAUUUAACAUCGGAUGUCGUGCAAAAUAUCAGUUCUCACGUAGACCAGCUUUCUGAUAUCAGGGAGGACCAGGACUUCAGACUGCUGUUCCUAUUCCAGGGUGAGUCGGUGUCGGGCUUUGUCGACCAGUUCAGCGAGUGUCUUCCCAGAAUGCUCCAGUUCCUCGAUGAGAUGGAGGGCUGUGCCGUCCAGCUGGACCGGAUGAGAAUGGGCUCCAAGAUCUCCAGUGUGGCUGGGAGCUCGGUGGGGGUCGUGGGGGGGGUCUUGGGCCUUGUAGGACUGGUUCUAGCCCCAGGGACAGCUGGGGCGUCUCUGGGUCUGAUCUACUGGGGGCUGGGAAUGGGGAUCAGCAGUGGUGUAAACUAUGGAGUCACCACAGCAACGGAGAUAGCAGUCAACUCUGUACAGAACAAGAGCGCCGAAAAAAGCCUCCUGAGCUUCAUGAAAGAUGUGGAGAGCAUCCAGGCGUGCCUGGAUAAGGUCAUCAACCAGAGGGAAAGUGAAUUAGGAGUGGAUAAUUGGGAUAAAAUUAAAGCCGGGAAAGGGGUUCUUAAGGUUGUAAAAUUUGGCUCUGGUGUUGCUAAGAUUCGUAAAGUUUUUUCGAAGGGAACAAUGUCAAGUAUGGGAAUGAAAUUCAAUAAGGGACUCGUGGCCACAGGCAAGAUGGUUGUUGGUAUUGGGUUGAAUGUCCUUUUCAUUGGUCUGGACAUCUACACCAUCUGCACAGACAGCAUCAGUUUGUACAGAGGGGAACAGAGUGAAGCCUCAGAGUUCAUCAGAGCCAGGGCGGCCCUUCUGCGCUCAGAAGUGGACUGUUGGACAAGAAUCCAUGACUCGGUGGGUACUGGCAUGAAGCAAUUUGAGAGUAGGGAAAAUGUUCUUCAGAGCUCAUUCAGAAAUCAAUUAUAAUGCCCUCUCUUGCAUUUGUCGAUAAUUGUUGGAUCAACAGGGAUCCUAAAUCCUCUCAUCCUAAAUCUCAUGAGAUUGAAACAUAACCAAAGUAAAAAAAAAUAAGUGUUUUGUGUGCGUUCUGAUAUCGGUAUAUCCUGUGUUGCAGCACAACACAUGAUGAGCCAGGAGCUGGUUCUGACUAGUUUCUUAGCUUGAAUCCAAGGUAGGACAUGUUUGAGUGCAAAACUACUUCAAAGUAGAGACCAACCUCUCUUUUCUUACAUUUAGCAUGUGUGAUUUGUCACUGUUGUCUUCCCGGAACAACCAUUGAUUAUUGCACUUGCUCCUCAAUUAUGUUACCCAAUGAAUGUAAAUUAUGUACCUCCGAGUGCGGCACAAUGAAAGCCAAUAAAAUAAUGGAUACGAUUGCCUCGGUUUCUGUCUGCUUUAGUAAAUACACAAAGCUUUGGUCAAAUAAAGUAUAUAGGCCAUAGACAAAAUGCUGAUGGUUUUUGUA